GUUCAGAGACAGAUCGGGAUUUUAAUUACACAUAAAUUGAUAUACCUUUUUUUUUGGUUGCAUAAAUCGCUUACGGCAGUGCUAUGUCCAACUACGCUCCGUUCAUCAAACCGUACGUGCAGUACAACGAACACGGCUGGGGUCCUUGUGAGGUGCCGGAUGUGGAUGUGCCCUACCAGCCGUUUUGCAAGAGCGACCGGAUCGGCAAGAUCUGCGACUGGACGGUGACUGCCGAGAAGAAGUUCCCGAGUAAGUAUGCCUCGUCCUUUGGGAACAGCAGCCAGUAUGCGUACUUCCAUGAGGACGACGACUCCACCUUCCACCUGGUGGACAACUCCGGAUCGAAGGCCUUCAGACCCUAUCAGCGGGGUCGCUACCGCCCGAAUAUGCGCAACAAUGCGCGGGGCAGGGGUCGCGGGGGCGUGGCAACGCCGCUAUGGGCGCGGCUGGCGACCCUCUGCUGGGGCGGUACGAGCAACAGCACCAAGUAUGGAAAAACGGGCCGCGAAACACGCCGCACUGUGGGUCGCCGUUUCGGCCGUAAUGCUCCCUCCAGACUUCGCGAGAGCUCCGUGAUGGUGCGCUCCAAUUGGGUUUCCAUCGAGGAGAUCGACUUCCCCGCCUCUAAACUCGCACUUCCCAAUAUCAAAGAGGGCCAGACAUCGUCCUGUGGGUCCCUGGAGUACUAUGAUAAGCUCUAUGAUCGGGUUAAUCUGCGCAAUGAACCUUUACUUAAGAUGGAUCGCGUUGUCCACACUGCCACGACCACAGAUGACCCCGUUAUCCGUCGCCUCUCCAAGACCAUGGGCAAUAUCUUCGCCACCGACGAGAUCCUGGCCACCAUCAUGUGCUGCACGCGUUCGAACUACUCCUGGGAUGUGGUCAUCGAGAAGCUGGGCACCAAGGUGUUUCUGGACAAAAGGGAUAACACGCAAUUCGAUUUGCUGACCGUCAACGAGACUUCGCAGGAGCCACCAUUGGAUGAGGAGGGUUCCAUCAACUCGGUCCAUAGUUUGGCCAUGGAGGCCACUCUUAUCAACCAUAAUUUCAGUCAGCAGGUACUUCGCGUUGGCGACCAGGAGCCGCGUUACAAGUUCGAUGAGCCCAAUCCCUUCGAGGAAGCUGGUGUGGAACUAGCCUCCAUGGGCUACCGCUACCGCCAGUGGGAUCUGGGCAACGACUUGGUGUUGAUUGCCCGCUGCAAGCACAACGGGGUUGUCCAGGGUCCGAAUGGCGAGAUGCAGUUCCUCUCGAUCAAGGCGCUGAACGAGUGGGACUCCAAGGUGACCAACAGCGUGGAGUGGCGCCAGAAGUUGGACACCCAGCGCGGAGCUGUUUUGGCCUCCGAGCUGAGGAAUAACGCUUGCAAACUGGCUCGCUGGACUGUGGAGGCUGUGCUAGCUGGCUCCGAUCAGCUCAAACUGGGCUAUGUGUCUCGGGUGAAUCCACGGGAUCAUCUGCGCCACGUGAUCCUGGGCACUCAGCAGUUCAAGCCACAGGAAUUCGCCACACAGAUCAACCAAAUGGACAAUGCCUGGGGUGUACUGCGCUGCCUCAUCGACAUUGUGAUGAAGCAGCCGGAUGGCAAGUUCCUGAUCAUGAAGGAUCCGAAUAAGCCAAUGGUUCGUCUGUAUGAUAUACCCGAGAACGCCUUCGAUUCCGACGGUGAUGAGGAGGAUGACGACUCCAGCGAGACCUUGGGCAACUCCAUCGAUAACUAAUGUUUGCACAAAUUCAUUUAACUAAUAGUUGUUCGAAUAAAGGGAUCCCCGUUGACAUCCGACACAUGCCGCACUGACAGAUGCGCUGUGAACACAA